UGCGUGACGUCAGAGCCGCGUCAGUCAGCAGGCCUGUGGGCGGAGCGUCGUGUUUGUCUCCCUGUAUGUGAGCAGGUGAGACACACCUGAGCAGCGCAGGCGACAGCAGCAGAGUCUUUAAUGACACUUUGUCUUUUUAAUCUUUUAACGUUUUAAUUGACAACAAAGUUAAAAACGUUUCGUCACUUCUUCUUCUGCGGAAACAACAACUGAUCCGCGCGGAGCGGCGACACGCGUCAGGACGCGGUAAACAGUGUUCUUCCUCCCACACUCAGACUGACUGCAGUUGAAAAUGCCUCCAUUCUCGUCUUCCUCCUCUCAUUCCUUUUCCUCCCUCCUCCUCCUCCCCCUGCUGUUGUUGCUGCUGCGGCCCGGCGGAGGAGCGGCAGAGGACGCGUCCUGCAGCGGCGCUUUCCGCUCCGGUCAGGAGAACUUCGUGCUGGACGCGGAAGACGCGGUGAAGGAGGGAGCGGUUCUGCUGUCCACUGCGCAUGCGCCCUCCGCGGAGUCCUGUGAGCUCGCGUGCUGCAAGGACCCGCGCUGCAACCUGGCGCUGCUGGAGCCGCGCAGCAGCGGAGCGGCGGCGGAGGAGAGCCGCGCCUGCGUCCUCUUCAACUGCGUCCACAGAAACCGCUUCGUGUGCAGGUUCGUGAACCAGGUCGGAUACCUGAGCUACAUCCGAAAGUCCGUGUUCCUGCAGUACCUGGCGGGGCCGCCGGCAGCAGGUGGGCAGGCUCCGCCCAUCGCCAACGCGGGUCGUGACGUGGUCGUUCAGCCCGGAGAGACGGUGACGCUCAACGGCACCGAGAGCCUGCCGCUGGACGACGCCCACAUCACCGGCUACCGCUGGAGUCUGCAGAGCGGAGACGCCGGCGUCACCAUGGAGACGACGGCUCUAGCUGACCAGGUGCGGCUCUCCAACCUGCAGCCGGGCUCGUACGUCUUCCAGCUGACUGUCACCGACUCCAACAACCAAUCAGACGAUGCCGAGGUCACCGUCCUGGUGCUCAGCCCGGAGCUGACCAGCAAGUACUGUCUGGCUCCGGAGAAGGUCGGUCCGUGUCGCGCUUCGUUUCCUCGCUGGCGUUAUGACGCAGAGAGGGGCGACUGUGUGCAGUUUGUGUUCGGAGGCUGUAAAUCAAACGACAACAACUUCCUGUCCAAAGAUGAGUGUAUUUCCGCCUGCAGAGGAGUCACAGUGACGUCAGAGAGAAGCAUCGCUCUGCCCACCACUGAGGUGUGUGGGUCUGCGUGUCUUCCCGAUCAGCUGGUCUGCAGCAGUAAUUGUUGUCUGGACAGAAGUCUGGAGUGUGACGGCGUGACGCACUGCAGCAACGGAUCAGACGAGAACCACUGCAACAAAUUGAAUCAGACCCUCUCUCGGCUGCUGAGCAUCGAUGUGAACGAGAGAAAAGCUCGGUGCACGGAGCCCCCCCGCACCGGUCCCUGCCGGGCCAGUCACACCCGCUGGUACUACGACCCUCUGGACAGGAAGUGUCAACGCUUCACCUUUGGCGGCUGUGACGGAAAUGAAAACAACUUUGAGACGGAGGAGAAGUGCAGCAAGACCUGCGACGGAGUGACUGAGCGACAUGUUUUCGCCAGAGGGAUGUUUGAACGCUUCGAGGAUGAAGAUGAAGACGACUCAGGCUCCAUCGCGCUGGCCGUCGUCCUGUCGGUGGCCAUCUUGGCUCUGUUGGCGAUCCUCACCUACUGCUUCCUGAAGUCGCGGCGGGAGCGCUCGCACCGCCCCGUCGCCACAGGCCCCGCCCACGUGGCGCUGCCCGAGCAGGACUCGCUGGUUUACAACAGCACCACCAAACCUGUAUGACAUCAUCACCGCCGCUGUCACCGUGACGACCUGCUGCUGCCUGACGUGUUGAUGUUUUUGUGUCAUUUUCCUUUUAAUUGUUGUUUUCUUGUUGUUUCUCUGCUCGUGUUUCUGUUUGUUUGUUUCUGUGAAUCUUUGUCAGAUUUUCAGUCUGAGCAACAUAUUUAUUAAAUGAGCUCGGUUCAGUUUUUACAUAUCAGAUGUUCAGGUUGUAUUUUUCUGUAUGAACAUGUUUUUGUUUAGUUGGGUUUCUCAGGUGAAUCUUUACUGUUUAUAUAUAUUUGAUAUCUGUUUUAAUGUAUUUAUGAGUUUGUGUUUGAAACGUGUGAAUGAUUUUUAGUUUGACUGUAAAUAUGAAAUUCUGUUAUUUGAAUCAUCUCAGGUUGUUCAACAUCUGCUGCCGUCAUGUUUUUAAUGUUCAGUGUUUCUGAUGUCAAUAAAGUUUCAGAUUUACUGUCACAAAAUACAUUUAACGUCUUUAUAUUAAAGAGACGAAAUGAUAAAACAUCAAA